AUGAAUCGAGGUAGACGGCGUGGUGGUGGUCCAAGUUUGUCAGGUCUGCGUGAUGGUGUAAAACGACGUCUUUUCGAUCCUCAUUCUGUCCCUACUAAGCCUGAUCCCAAGUUCGAAGUUAGCCGUCUAAUACCGUUUACAUUUCCUAAAGUUGCUAUACACUCUUCAUUGAGUGGCUGCAGUGCAGAUGACAACUCAAAUGUUGCAAAAGCUGACCGCGAUGGUCUCCAAAUAAAUUUGUUCGAAUUGACAGCUAAACUUGAAACGGCUUUUCGUUCAGGUCCAUUUUAUCAUUCAGUUCCAGAACUGUCGGAAGGAAUCAGUGCGGCUUCAUUAUUAUCUAGCAAAAAAUUAAACUUGGGCAAUAAAUUGCCAAAUGUGGUAUCUUUGUUGCAUCUUUUGGUUGCUCAUGAUGAAAUUAAUCAGUGGUCGGACGAGGAUAUGAAUAUGAGGGAACCUGAUGAUUGGUACCCAGAAGAACUAAUUUCUCGGACCCGACAAAAAAAUAAAGUUAGCAAGCAUACUUCACGAAGAUCAAGGUCAAGUUAUAAACGAUCAAAACCACAUAUUACUGAUAUUGAUGAAAUUAUAACUGACCAUUUUAUCCAGCAGGUCACUGAAACCCUUCCAGAAAAUGAUGAUGAUGCAGAGAAAGUUGAGCUAGCUAUUAGUGACAAUGAAGACGCAGACUCUGAAGAUGCACGAUGGAAUGAUGAUGUUAAUCCCGAUGGUGAUCUUGAAGAGUUAGAUGAAGAUGAAUUCGAUAAUGAUUAUUGUCAACAGUACUUUGACAAUGGUGAAAAAGACUUUAGCGAUGAUGGAUUAGGUGGUGACGACGAAGGCGGACCGAAGUACUAUGAAUAAAGUCUUGAAUCUACAAUGAGCACAAGGCACUUUAUCAUGAUGUAUAUGUGUGUACAAAUGUAUUUAGAAAUAUGAUUUACAAUUAAUUUAAAGUUUUAUACAGUUAAUUUGUUAAACAGAUUGAGUUCUAUUCAAUAAAUGAAUCAGAAAUCAACAGAGUUUUUCGUUUCAGUUGUUCGCAACUUAUUUAAAAGUGAAUUAAUUUGCUGAAUUCUUUCAAAUCUUUUUCUAGAACUUGCUUACUAAAUAUUGUACAGCUUUAAC